CUUUUUUUUUUUUUUUUUAUUCUCUCUAUUUUCCCUUGAGUGAAAUUUGUGAGGAAGAAUUCGUUUAUCACGCUGGAUGAUGUGCUGCGACAGAGGAUCAAGCAACGACACGUAACGACACACCAGUUUGUCCGAUGACAAACGUCAAUAGGAUCAGGGUGGUCGUCCUCGGCGGCCCCAGAGUCGGCAAGUCCGCGGUGGUCGUCCGAUAUUUAACGAGGCGAUACAUCGGCGAGUACAGUUCGACCAGUGAUUUCCUUUACCGGCACAGCGUUACCAUCGAUAACGUUACUACCGAGGUGGAGAUACUGGACACUUCCAGGUGCGAGGAAAACGGUUGCCUCUAUUCGCACAUACGAUGGGGCGAGGCGUUCGUCGUCGUUUACAGCGUUACAUGUAAACGAAGUUUUCAAGAAGCAAGAGGACUUUUAAAACAGCUUGCAGAUUUACGUUUACCAUCCUACUUCACUGCACUCUUGCUCGGCAAUAAGAGAGAUCUAGAUCAUGCUCGAGAGGUAUGUGUGGACGAGGGGCAACAGCUGUCAUUGGCUCACGGAUGUCAAUUUUAUGAGGUCAGUGCUGCCGAAAGUCCAGCAGGUGCAGCUUUAGCCUUCCAAGCACUUCUACGAGAAGCAAGAUCGGUUCAGCUUUUACGAGCUUUACCGAUACGUAGAAAGCUCGGUGUUCACUCGGUGUCAAGGGUCCUCGGCACGAUAUUUGGCAAAAAUACAACCAAGGAUCGUAAGAAGAGGCCAUCAUUGAGUAUAUGACGCCUUCUAUGCGCCCUACUCCUCGGAGGUCGCGACGAACCUGGUAGAAGAACCGACGUUGUUGUCCUCAGUAGCAACGUUUAUGCGAAUCGUUGAUCGUCCUACUCUCAUUUUUUAUAUACAUAUAUAUAUAUGUGUGUGUAUGUAUAUAUGUAUAUAUUUUUCUGUUCUUUCUCUUUACACGAUUUCUUUUUUCCUCCUUUUUUCUAUAAUAUCUUCAUAAAAAUUUUUAAUGGAUAUAUAUGUAUAUAUAUAUCAAAGAAAGAUUUCAAGAAUUAAUUCAAG